AUGCCACAUUUUUUGGACGAAGCAAUGUAUUCAAAUAACACAAAAAGAGUUGUUGAAACUUAUAAAACAUUUCCAAAUGGAAGUCUUUAUUAUGAUAGUGUUGAUGAAUUUGGAAAUAUACAUUAUUAUGAAUUGGGAGAAUGGUUUGUGAAAUUUUUGAAUGGAGAAAUGCGAUAUAGUUAUGGAAAUACGUUUUUUAAUUAUUGUAGAGUAAGUUGGAACUUUUUAUUUUAAAAAAGAGAUAUUGUAAAUGGGUUAAUCUCUUUGUCAGAAAGAAACAUCCAACUUUAAAAAAUUCCAAUUUUCAGGAGCGUAUUAUACCAAAAGCUGAAUGGAUGACAUCAAUAACUCGGAGUUUGAAUCACAUGAUUUUAUCUCAAGUUCUUUUUCGAAUUGUUAUUCUAUCGACUUUGACAUUUUCAUUAUUUCAAUGUUUAAUUUUACGAUAUCUUCAUGACAGCGCGCUUUUUGGUAGGUUAUUUUCUAGAGAGUUUAACAUUAGAGCCUGGUUUUGGACGUUCGCAGAAAAAUUCUGAAUCAAAAAGUGGUUUUUCAAAAAUCAAAAGUUAUUGGGGGCCGAUUCAAAAUUUGCCCAAAAAGUGAAAUUUCCAGGUUGGCUAUUAAUUACCAAUGAACUCAUUCAUAAUCUCUCUUUAUUUGCAAUAACAUGUCUACAUUCUGAUCAAGAUGCUCAUUGUAAGUUUUAGGGGAGCAUUUUUGGAAUAGGCUGGAAAAACGUGUGGAGCAGAUUAAAAAGUCUAGUGGAAAUUUAUCUCUGAAAAUUCAUAGGUUCAAAAUGAACAUGUGAAUUUAUAGCUCUUAUCAGUCGAUUCUUGAACUGCUCCCCCUGUUUCUAACUCUACAAAUUCCCUAAUUAUUUCAGUAAUCCAUUUCACUCGUCUUUCUCUAAUCGCAGUUACUUUCACAACAGUUAUCAAAUUAAUAGUCAACUCAUUUCUUCAUAAUAAAAACAAAUAUAUUCAACUAAUUUGUAUGAUCUCAAUAUCAUUUGUUAUUUUAUCACAUAAUACAAUAAUUCAAGAUUAUGAUGAUUUCAUCAAAUCACCAACUUGUGAUUCAAUGAGUGAGUUUUGGCUGGGAACUUUGUAUAAAAACUAUAAAUAUUUUCAGCUACACCCAGUGUGGUUUUUUCCCAACUUUUGGUAAUAUUUUCAUUUGGUCUAUGCUCAUAUUUACAAUGUUUAUCAAUGCGUGGAUUACAAUGUAUGACUGGUGUCACUGAAUGUGAACUUCAAUAUCAACAAAGAUUUUGUGCGGGUGGUCAAAAAUAA